UCCCCUGGGUCCUCUCAGUCACACACCCAGAAAGACCCAGAGAGACAGACAGCAUGAGGCUCGGGCUGAUACUCCUGCUAGCCGGGCUAGCUACUGUGUUUGCUGCAGAGGAGUCAUGCAUGGACCGCUGUGAGAAUGGCUUCGACUCCAAGAAGGAUUGCCAGUGUGACAGCAUGUGUCGGUACUACAAGAGCUGCUGCUCAGACUACGAGACCACCUGUCAUAUGAAAACACGUGGGGACACCUUUGAAUUUGCAGAGGAUGAUGAUGGUCCAUUUACCCCUACAACACCCGCCUUCCCGACCCAACCUGAAGACAGGGAAUCCAGAACCUCAGGGGGCCAACAUAGUCAGCCCACACGCAUCAGAACCCCCAACACCACCCCUACUCCUGCCAAAAUUGCCACAAAGAUAACCCCAGUCACAGAGCCAGCUAGAGGCGCAGCUCGAGGCCCACAGAGAGGCCAGGUCCCAGGGGUAGUCCCACUCCCGGAGGCAGCUAAAGCCACCAAGGCACCGUCGGCAACACAGGCAGGUAGAGGCUCGGAUAGAGGCCAGUUCCCAGCGGUAGUCCCACUCCCAGAGACAGCUAUAGCCACCGAGGCAACAUCAGUCCCACAGACAACCACAGAGGAAGUGGUGAUGACCACCAAGGCUCCGGUAGUAGACCCAGAUGCUGAGCCAUGCAGCAGCAGGCCCUGGGACUCCCUAAUGCAGCUCAAGAACGGCUCUGUUUACGCCUUCAGAGGGGAGUGGUUCUUUGAGCUGGAUGAAAAGUCGGUGAUGCCCGGCUACCCCAAACUGAUCCAGGACAUCUGGGGUAUCAGAGGGCCUAUAGAUGCUGCCUUUACACGUAUCAACUGCCAGGGCAAGACAUACAUGUUCAAGGGUAACAAGUACUGGCGGUUUGAUGAUGGUGUGCUGGAGGCGGACUAUCCCAGGGAUAUCAACGUGGGCUUUGAGAAGAUACCAGACGACGUGGACGCAGCCUUCGCCAUAGCAGCCCCUGGACACCACAGCAAAGAGAAGGUCUACUUCUUCAAAGGUGACCAGUACUACCAGUAUGAGUUCAAGCACCAGCCAUCACAUGAGGAGUGUAUCAAGAUGGCAGCUGGGUCUCCCUCCGCUCUGUUCACAGCCUACACUGACAUCUACCACAACAACUGGGAGGAGCUCUUCAACAUGCUCUUCAGAGGCAUCCCCAACCACCAUGGUGGGCAUCGGUUCAUCAACAAGGACUGGAUAGGCAUCAAGGCCCCAGUGGACGCUGUCAUGACAGGGAGACUCUACAUCACCCCCAGGCCACUGCCCCCCCCCCUGUUCCUACCAGUACCCCCUUUACGGGACCACAACGACGGGAGGCGCCAGCCAUGGAACCAACAGAGGGGGCAGUAUGGUCAACAGGAUCAGUUAAAUGGACAACAAUAUGGACAACAAGGGCAACAAUAUGGAGAGCAGUGGGAACAGCAGUGGGACCACCGCAGAAGUAGGCGCCAGUCUUACUGGGGUGCCGGGACGGGAAUGGCUAUGGGGCAGGCGUUCGCAGAGAAGGGGAUGGAUAUGGGGAAACGAUUCGCUGAGAAGGGUAUGGAUCUCGGUCGGAAGCUGGCGGAAAAGAGGAUGGCUAUGGAGGGGAUGUUUGGAUUGUGGGACAUGCGCCGAACGGAUGCCAGGGAUGAAGACAGAGACAGGGAUAGAAGGAGGGAUGACCAGGAUAGGAGGAGGGAUGACCAGGACAGGAGGAGGGAUGACCAGGACAGAAGAGAUGGAUACAACUAUGACUCCAGAUACAACGCUGAGGGGAGGGCCUACUGGGAGUUUGUCAACAAGGGCCAGCCAGUGCAGAGUGUCUACUUCUUCAAGGGAGAUAAAUACUACAGAGUGGAUCUGAAGACCAAGAAAGUGGACCCAGCCAGCCCUCCUUACCCCAGGUCCAUUGGCAAGUACUGGCUGGGCUGCCCUGAAAAACACCUGGGGGCCGAGAAGAAAUAGUUUCACAACUGGAUAAAGAAACAUAUGCAGUAUGUCAAAACAUGUUUUACAUCAAAGACUCAAAUAGACAGUAAUUUAAAGCUGGAUAAUUAGAAGAAUCACUUGAAAAAUGAAAGGAGAGCCGCACACUCUAGGAGCUCCGAUGCAAUACUUUAAUAACCUCAUAUCCAACAUUUCGAUAGACAAGCUGAUACCCUGAUGAAGACAGCUUGUCUGUCGAAGCGUUGGAUAUUAGGUUAUUAAAGUAUUGCAUCUGAGCUCCUAGAGUGUGCGGCUCUCCUUUCAUUUUUCAAGUGUUCUACUCCGCUAGCCAGCGCCUCGCCUAAAUAGGUGUGCGUUUCUUUCGCCUCUAAAUUAGAAGAAUCACUUCACAGAAACGUUCUGUUAUGAGGACAUUUCUCUUUGUACCUGUAUUACUUGUGUGUAAUACUUUUAUAAUUAAACAUGUUCUAGCUGUAAAGGGUACCCAUGUGUUAUUGGGGGUAUUGAAAUUAAUCCAAGGCUCAAUUCAGUCAAAGUAGACUUGUAGUAUUUGCGCUGUAGCUCCCCUUAUUGGAGAUCAAUGAAGGCCCACCCAUCUCUGUUCCCCACCCCCUCUGUUUCCCAUGAUUUGGGGCAAAGUUCAGCUGGUUGGUUGGUGUGCAAUCUGAAGUCCACAAAACCACUACAGUGAAUACUAUAGUAAUUACUGUAGUAUUUACAGUUAACUAUAGUAUAAAUACUGCAGUGAAAGAAAACUGUAGUAUAUACUAUAGUAAUUAAUGUAGUAUUUUUGAGGAUUGUAGUAUACAGUAGUAUUUACUGUAGUGUUUUUGCAGACUGUAGUAUACUGUAGUAAUUACUGUAGUGUUUUUGCGGACAUUAUUGUUGUAUUUACUAUAGUGUUUUUGUUUUAAUAUCUUUGACAUAGAAGUGGAGGCUUUCACAGUGUGUAGUAUAGUAUUCUACAGUAUACUACUGAAUUCUAUUGUAAACUGUAAUAAUUUUACAUGUGGGUUAUCUCCCCUCUCUAAUAUCUGACCCAGUUUACAAGAGGAUUCUUUAAAGGUGGGAUUGAUAGUGUGAUACAGAAACACUACGAACACCUUGUGAAUGACAGGCUACAAAGACAUCAACAAACACAACUCUAGACCACCAGGUCUCCAUUUCCUGACUAGCGCUUUCAGUGGAAUAUGAUGAAACUGUUUUUGGCUGCAUAGAAGGACAUGCUAUGUGGGAGGCAAGCUUAACAGUGAUCAAGAGGGCACAGGCUUGGCAAAACCUACAGAUAGUACAUAGACUAUGCUAGCCUGAUAGUAGACUAUGCCAGGUAGACGGGGCAUAUCUGUUCCAAUAAGACACCGUGCUGCAUUCUUUUACAUUACAACUCAAUUCCACAGCGUA